GGAACGCCUCAUCAGACACUAUAAUCACUGCGCCGGAGCUCUUCAAAUUUGCAUAGUGCAGCAUAAGCAAAUUCUGAAGACGUGCUCAUUCAGCUUAUCUGGGUCUCAUAGAUUACUGCGGAGCCGUGUGGAUUGCCAGUUUAUUAUAGAUGAGGUCAUCUAACUACAGUAAGAUGUACAACAACGCCACAAUCAUAGCUGGACCAGCACCACCUGCCCCACGAUGCAAGGCACCAGGAGUGAUCCUGUUGGUGAUUGGUAUUCUGGAGUUCCUUGUAUUCAUCUUCUUAGCUGCUGGGCUAGCCAAUGCCACAUCCAGCGUGGCUGGGUGGUGGGUCUUCCUCCUCUCAUCCGGCGGACUGAUUAGCACUGGCGGUCUGGCAGUAGCAGCAUCCAAUGGCAAGCCACACAGUGUUUCAGUUGGUGCGAUCGUUAUGGCCAGUCUUACACUGGCUUGGACAGUUAUUAAGCUGAUCAUUCUGCUUGUUGGUGUCGUGGCCCUGAUCGUUGCCAGUAGUGCGAUGAGUACAAUUGAGCCAGCACCAGAGCCAGAUGUGACAAAAGCGGCUCUUGGAAUUGUAUGGGGAGUCGUUGCAGUCAUUGCUGCCUUCACCAUCACCACCUUCGUCUGCCUGAUCUGUAUAAUCGUGGCAGUUUCCAAGGUCACCUGCUGCCACACUCCUCAAGAUCAACAGGGAAUCGUGAUCCAGGAGCAGCCACAAGCAGUCACUGUGGUCAACUAUCCACCACCCUACAGCAACAAAUACAGUCAGCCUUGUUAGGCCAUGACUGUCCAUGCAGGCCCUCUAUACCAGUGAUGAUAUGACACCGAGGAUUUGCCACAGGAACUUAAUAUUCAAGUCGAUUACUAGUAAUCUAAAGCAUUAGAUUAAUCUAUAAUUGCUAUUAUGUAUAUGGGAUGCAGAAAGGCCUAUUAUAAUGAUUUGCUGGUUCAGUGCCAUGAUGUAAGAGGUCGUUGAUCUCCAUUGAUAUUUACACUGAAAUGAUGGACUAAAGUGUUGCUUUUAAUACGAAUUAUACUUAAAAUCUCGGUACAAGUGAUAGGUCUUUCAAGAAUGAACCAUUUGCUGAUUAGUAACUAAUCAAGAGAUAGAAAUUGAUCUAAAAGUGUAAUCUCACUUUGUUUCUUUAUUGUUAGUUAGAACUUGCAUAUCCGGCGGCUAUCAGUCAACCUUGCCUAAUUCUGUCACCAGUUUUGGUGAUUUUCUUCCCUCGGUUAUGAUUGGAGAUUAAAUGAAUGUUCAAUUAUGUGACCAAAUCAUGGACGUUAGCCUGAUUGUUGUAUGAAGACGAGUCAUUCAAGAAACUGGGAAGAUAUGUAAUAAACUUCUAACACAAUCCUUUGUGCCCAAAGUUUAAGUGAGCCGGGAGCUGUUUUGUGGAUGAAAGCUAGCUCACCAUCGUGGACAGCUCAUGUAGUUUCUCCAACGUUUCUCAUUCUUCACUCUUAUAACUUGAGUGUAGUAUGCAUGUCGUUCAAGCGUCUUUAAUUUUGUAUUUGUGUUUUAAAGGUCUCGUUGCUUUCCACCAGUUAUAUUUCAGCAGUUUGUAUCCCCUAUAAUCCAAUAAAACAUUGCUUUAUAGAA